AUGGCUCCGCUUCUCUCAGGAUACCUGAUCGCCGCUGCCCUUGCAGCCUUGCAGCCAGCCCAUGCCAAAGACCCCAUCCGGGACUUCUGCCGCCGCUGGGGACACCAGACCGCCGUAGUCGACAACCGCCUGUACAUCGAUGGCGGCCAGCUCACGUGGAAUCCCAUGUCACAGAACCCGCUCAACUACACGAAUUCUUGGCUGCUCUACAAUGAUCUCGAAGACUCUUCGUCUGGAAUGCCGCAACUCCAUGCUGAUCUUAACAAGACACGAAAUGUGCCUGAUCUCAGCGGUGGCGUCCUGUGGGCCGAUGAAGUGAACAAGGUCCUGUACCUCUACGGCGGCGAAUACACUGACUCCACUCCUGAGGCCUUUAAACCCUGGGCUUACGACAUCUUGCUCAACCAAUGGAACCAAACCGACGUCAGUGCAGCUGCUGGAAUUCAGAGAGUAUCCUAUGGCGCAGGUGUAACUGUAAAUGAGACUGGGAUUGGUUACUACCUCGGCGGUUGGCUCAACAACAACACAGUCCCUGGAUGGGGAGCUGAGCCGAUGCUCACCAGCAACCUCAUAAUAUACGACUUUGUUAACGAUGCCUGGACUAACAACACCGGCUAUGACCAAACCGGCCGAGGAGAAGGCGUCAUGGUCUACCUUCCAGCUUCUGACAAAGGCCUUCUUGUCUACUUUGGUGGCGUCAUUGACCCCUUUGACAAUGGAACCGUUGUAGGGGAUGCUUUGAGUAACAUUUACAUUUACGACAUUGCUUCGACGAAAUGGUACAAGCAGACUGCCACUGGAGAGAUUCCUGACAUGAGACGAAAGUUCUGUGGCGGUGUAACCUGGGCACAGGACAAGUCGUCUUACAAUGUUUACAUCUAUGGCGGCCAAGGCAUCACAAACACAACAGGCUAUGACGACGUCUACAUACUAACGAUGCCUUCCUUUCAAUGGAUUAAGUGGUAUCCGACCGAGGCUGGACCCGGAAACCCACAUGGCAUCUCAUCGUGCAACGUCGUCAACAGUGCGCAAAUGCUCAUCAUCGGCGGAUGGUUUGCACAACACCAGGACUGUGACUCGCCAAGUGUCUGGGGCACCCAUAACCUGAACCUGGGAAAGAACGGUCCGCAAGAUGCAAUGUGGGAUUUGUUUUACCCUAACAUCACCGAGUACUUGGUGCCGCCAGAGAUUGUUGCCAAAAUCGGCGGAGACUCUCGUGGAAGCGCGACGAACAAGGCUCCGGACACGUGGGAUAACCGAGAUCUACCAGUAUACUUCUCCAGGUUUCCGACGUUCGCAGCUCGCACGGCGACAAGAGAUGUUUCCGCGGCAACGGGUGGCAGCAACAGCACCUCAUCCGGUGACUCGGGCGACUCUAAUGUGGGCGCAAUCGUCGGUGGCGUUGUCGGUGGAGUUGGCGGAUUGCUUCUGGUUCUGGGCCUGGCGUGGUUCUGCCUCCGACGGAGGAAGAAGAGCAAGGACGGAGUCAAGGAAAAGCAACCGCUGCAAACGAAUCCAGUUGAGCUUGCGGCAGAUGAUAGCACCAAUCUCGAAGGUGGGGUUGUUUCCGAGCUUUCAGCAACAAACAGCCAUAGAUUUCGUAAGGAUCCUGGAUCGCCGGCCGACCACAACCUCUCUCCCGUCUAUACUCAACACAGCGUAUCACCUAAUACGACUUCACCAAUAAUAGGGCACUCCGGCGGAUUUCCAGUAUCACCCACGACGCCUUACGCGCCCGGCGGACCACCUGGCAUGGCGGGGGGCUACAUGCAGCCACCUUUGUCGCCUAACGCUCCGCAGUACAUGUAUCCAGCUGGUCCUCCCGGUACUCUACCGCAAUACAUGUUCCAACCACCGCCGCCAAACGCUCAGCCUUAUGACCCUUCGCAGCAUGCACUGCACAACGAGCACUUCCCACCUCCACCGUCACCGUCACCACGGGCAGGACAUGUCGGGCUUGGAAUUCCGUCGGGUUCACAUCCGGGGAUGACGGCAACUCCCAGCGACUACUCGCGAGAAUCGGAGCCCGAUUCAGCAUAUCCGACGACAUCAUCGAACACGCCGGCGCACUUUUAUCCGCAGCCGUUGCACGUCGGUCGAAACGUAACACAGAGCACACACGCGAGCGACACGCCGCUUGUAGGCCAAAUCAGCGAAAGCAUAGGGUCGGUAUCAGGAUCCGGCUCUUCGGGAGGGGUGAAACAGCCAGUAAGAGGAAAGUUCAGAGAAGAGGCACACGACUAG